AGAACAAACGGCCGUCCCUAUCUAUCGGAUUGCUUCCAGUUCCAGCUCGAGCACUGGGGCUUCGCAGGCGAGAUGAAGAGGCUGCUUGCUCAUGGCCAGUCCGGUUGCCCUUCCCGGACUUUGGUUGGCAGAAUCCCUGCCCUGCCUGUACUUUGCAACAACGUUCUUCCCGACCAUAGGUACUAUUCAGCCGAGAAACACGAUGACGACACCACGCUAGGUGAGAUCGGGGAUAAGGCAAGGUCGACAGCCGAGGAGUUCCUGAGGGUGGCCAAGGAGAAGACCGACGACGUCGCGGAGGGCGCGAAGGAGACGCUGCACGAGACGAAGGAAGCGGUGGUCGGGGAGUCGGACGACGAGAAGGAGAAGUUCAAAAGGAGGGUGGAGGAGGGGAAGUACCAUCAUCAGAAGAAAUAAGUGGCUUGUGUUCUCUUGGCUGCGUAUGCAAGUCAUGGCUUGGAUUACUAUACAUACUCGAUAGGCCUUGUAGUUUGUACAAGUUUACUCUUUGCAUCCAGACGUGUCGAUGUCCUGUAGAAUAAAUAAGAAGUUGCCUUUUGUGCUUCAAUACUUACAUGCCAUCUCUCACUGAAUAAAAAGUUUUGCCUUGUGAAGAA